CCUGGGUAGGGGCAGCAGCAGUGGUUGAGUGAGCGUACAGUAACACCGGUAAGAGCGUUUAUAAUCUUUAGCCUCUAGUGGUUUCAAAAACAGGCCUAACCUGUAAGCAAGUUUUUUAUUUUUUAUUGCUAGCCAGACACAUUGCGAAAACGUAAGCCAUUUCAGAUAGUAUUUAAUGGUGUAGCCAAUGUUUCAAUUAAACUGAAUUUGAUGGGUGUAGGAAUGCUGUAACGUUCAUCUUUAUUUUACUUUAUAAAAUGGCGAUGUGGUUUUAGGAAACUUCAAGUUAUGUUUUGCCGGGAAAAUGUUUUCAAUUGGGAGGGGGCUCUGGGGGGGGGGGGAAACAAAGGAUACUAAAGCGGUGGCCUGUGAGGAUGACUGACUAGCUAGCUAAAUGGAAUGUCUGCCAUUGAUCUAAACAACUGCACGAAAACCCAAGCGACAGGUGUGUACUUGGGAAUGAAUUCCUUUUGGAUAUUUGGAAGGCUUUCUGUAACUCUAUACGACGUGGCCUAUAAGUAACACGUGUCGCUUUUGGCCCAUGGCAAACUGAGGCCUAACAUUACGUGAUCGUAGCUCGCUCACCCUUUUGUCGGUUGAGUUAACUACUGUCGAGUAGUUAAAUAAGUUGUCUGCUUACUCCCCCCCCCCCCCCCCAUCUAAUUUUAAUGGUUUGUGGACAGUGAUUUUGAUGGCCCAUCAAAAAUUAUGCUGUGAAUGUAUUCCCCAAGGCAAAUUGUUACGUUACUGUAACGUCAAUGUUGCCUAGUUAAGUGGUUUCUUUGCUCAUUUUAUUUCAGAAACUAAUUAAGCAACCAUGGGAAAGGAAAAGAUCCACAUUAACAUCGUGGUCAUUGGCCAUGUCGACUCCGGCAAGUCCACUACCACCGGCCAUCUGAUCUACAAGUGCGGAGGCAUUGACAAGAGAACCAUUGAAAAGUUCGAGAAGGAAGCAGCUGAGGUAAGCGGUUUUCCGGUUGUUGGAUACAUUAUUUUGGAUUAAAGAUGGCGAUGCCAGCAUGGUUGUUGAACUGUCGAAGCCGGCAGGGUGUGGGUAACGAGUGCGCGCAUGUGGGGUGGUGCUUGCGCAGGCCUAGUGUCGGGUAAUGACGAUGCACUUUGUGUAAUGGCGGCUGAGGACUUUAUAGCGGUCAUGGCUAGGAGGGCUACAGUUUGACACAUUUACAUCCAAAGCAGAUUUUUUUUUUGUUCUUACCAUUUUCCUAACCUUAACAUACUUCUCCUAACCUGCUAUGGAAUGUCAAAUAUGACACAAGCUAUCCCAUCUAGUCAACCCUUCAUAGAAUGCAUCCUCUACAUUUACAUUAUCAAUUUGUAAGUUGCUCUGGAUAAGAGCGUCUGCUAAAUAAUGUAAAAAAUUUACAUUUUUUGCUUACAUAACAUUUAUGAAAAGCCCAUUAUGACCAGAAUCUGCUAAAUUAUGCAAGUUAUGUGGGCCUUGUUUUCCCAAACCCAGUUUAGGCUGAACCAUAAAUCUACUUGCGCACUAUAAUUUUUUUGUUGCUAUGUAGCAUAAUUUCACUGGUAAAUGAAUUAUUGAACAUAAUGUGCCUUUCCUCUUAUUUUAGAUGGGCAAGGGCUCUUUCAAGUAUGCCUGGGUGCUGGACAAGCUGAAGGCUGAACGUGAGCGUGGUAUCACCAUCGACAUUUCCCUGUGGAAGUUCGAGACCGGCAGGUACUACGUCACAAUCAUUGAUGCCCCUGGACACAGAGAUUUCAUCAAGAACAUGAUCACUGGUACCUCUCAGGUAAUUGGGCCCCCAUUGCAUUCAGAAUAUACUGUUGACUUAACAAACUAAGGUGGUCAAUUAACAAGUGUGUUGGACUGACAUUACUUGUCCCCCCCCCAGGCUGACUGCGCUGUGCUGAUUGUUGCUGGUGGUGUGGGUGAGUUUGAGGCUGGUAUCUCCAAGAACGGCCAGACCCGUGAGCACGCUCUCCUCGCUUACACUCUGGGAGUGAAGCAGCUCAUUGUUGGAGUCAACAAGAUGGACUCUACAGAGCCCCCAUACAGCCAGAAGCGGUUUGAGGAGAUCCAGAAGGAAGUCACAACCUACAUCAAGAAGAUUGGCUACAACCCCGCCACUGUCGCUUUUGUGCCCAUCUCUGGAUGGCAUGGGGACAACAUGCUGGAAGCCAGCGCAAAUGUGAGUAGCCCAUCCUCACAGUUCACUCAACUACAUUGAAAGUCUCACCCUGUCACUUGCAUACAUCCAUGCUUUGUAUAUAAAUAGAAAUUGUCCUAUUCUAGAUGGGCUGGUUCAAGGGAUGGAAGGUGGAACGCAAGGAUGGUAACGCCAACGGUGUGACUCUGCUGGAGGCCCUGGACUCUAUCCUGCCCCCCUCCCGCCCCACAGACAAGCCUCUUCGUCUGCCCCUCCAGGAUGUCUACAAAAUUGGCGGUAAGAACCAGUCAUAGACUUCAUGUUUGUAUACUGACUGAUGACAUGCAAAUGCUUGAUUCUGCUCUCAAGCAUUUGUUAAUCUAUUCUCCCCUGGCUUCCUCUCAGGUAUUGGAACAGUACCAGUGGGCCGUGUGGAGACUGGCACCCUGAAGGCCGGCAUGAUCGUCACCUUCGCCCCCGCCAACGUCACCACUGAGGUGAAGUCUGUGGAGAUGCACCAUGAGACCCUGGAAUCUGCUAUGCCUGGCGACAAUGUUGGCUUCAACGUCAAGAACGUGUCCGUCAAGGAUAUCCGUCGUGGUAACGUGGCUGGAGACAGCAAGAACGACCCCCCAAUGGAGGCCGGCACCUUUACCGCUCAGGUAGGCAUGCUGUUUAAAAUUGUUUGGUGGGGGAGCUGUCUUCACUUGACAUUUGAAUUGUUCAUGCUCUAAAUGUCUUGUUUUUACAGGUCAUCAUCCUGAACCACCCUGGCCAAAUUUCCCAGGGCUAUGCCCCUGUACUGGAUUGCCAUACCGCUCACAUCGCUUGCAAGUUCAGCGAGCUCAAGGAGAAGAUCGACCGUCGUUCCGGCAAGAAACUUGAGGAUGCCCCCAAGUUCCUGAAGUCUGGCGACGCUGCCAUCGUUGACAUGAUCCCUGGCAAGCCCAUGUGUGUGGAGAGCUUCCAGGAAUACCCCCCUCUUGGUAAGUAAUCCACAAGGCCCUCUUACCCAAAACAUUGUUCCUUUUUUAAAGGUGUUCCAUGCUUAUGGAAAAGCAUAAUUCCUCAUUUGCCCCCUCCCACAGGUCGUUUUGCUGUGCGUGACAUGAGGCAGACCGUUGCUGUCGGUGUCAUCAAGGCCGUCGACAAGAAGGCUGCCUCCAGCGGCAAGGUCACCAAAUCCGCUGUCAAGGCCGGUAAAAAGUGAAUUCUCCUCCCACAGGACGUCCCUCGGGUGGUGGGGCCUGCGGAGUCUAGAAACCUGAGCGCUAUACUUAAGGACUGGUUAAUGCUGAUUAAAACCCAUCGUAAAAGUUUUCGCAGGAAAAGAACCCAACGCGGAUACACUUGUGACUUCGUCAUAUGACUGACAGUGCCGCUUUCAGUUUAAUUUUAGUUAAUGGUUUAGAACUGCACCUGUUUGAUGCCACAAUUAAAUUGGAAGAAAGCUGCUGGUAACUAAUAAAGGUCUUUAAAUGUCUUGACCAAAAAGCUUGCUCUGUCGUUUUCCUUAAUCCUUGUUCUUGUUUUAGUUGAGUGGGAGCUGUUCCAUAGGGUAGAAAGAGUGCAGUACUGUAUCUAACUUGGUCUUUGCAGCUGUUUUGACACAAGCUAUCCCUGACUGCUGCAGGGCUGUGCCCAGUGUGAUGGUUUUUGCCAUCCAAUCACCUUGGUGGGGUUACACUGACUCAACCAAUGGCACUUUAUUUUUCAUGACAGCAGUGCUGUAGCGCUAGCUGUUCUCCCGCCCCCCCACUGCACCCAUAUAAAAAGAGAUGUGGGCUCAUAUUCUGUCCUUUUUCUCCGGUCUAAAGCAGGAAUACCAGUUCUAUCUUGUCACAGGUUAGUGAAGAAAAUGCUCAUUUCUGAACGUAAUUGGCACGUAGCUACACUAAUUACCUCAAUACUGCUAGACUUAAAUUGAGGCAUGGUUAUGAAAGUGUUUUUGCCAGGCUGCCUGUCUCUUGGGCGCAUGAUUUAGAACCAGUUUAAUUUGCACAAGAUGAGUAACUAAUCGUUUUCAUUUGGGGUAAACAGUCUUUCUCAUUGCAUACCACUAUUUGAAGUUGAGUGGGUUAUUGCAUUCAUGGGAAACUAGAAGUGUAACGCAAUUGCCUUAAUAUUAUAGCCUAGCUAGAAUUUGAAUAGUUGCUAUGUGCACCACUGCCUUCACGGUCAUAGCGCGCGUGUCGUUGAUUUGCCUCAACAUGGCCGGCUUGCUAGUCUUAUGACUUAACAUGGAGGGCGGUGGGAGGGGAAUGAUUUGCGGAUAGCACAUGGUGCAUGCGUCAGUGGCGCAUAUCAUCGGCGAUCUGUCGAAUUCACCAAAAUUGUAUACACCAUUAAUUUAUACUCCUGUAACCAUGUCGGCAAUAUGUAUUUUGUGUAAAUAUAUUUGUACAUCGGUAGUUAUGUCAGUUUCCUUUUCAUCAGUAAAUCAUGGGAAAGGAAAAGAUCCACAUCAACAUUGUGGUCAUUGGCCAUGUCGACUCCGGCAAGUCGACCACCACCGGACAUCUGAUUUACAAAUGCGGAGGCAUUGACAAGAGAACCAUUGAGAAGUUCGAGAAGGAGGCUGCUGAGGUAUGUUUGGGAGCCCUGACAUUUUCUAUGGAUUGAGUUGGCUGAUAAUGUUGCUAUGAAUUGCGAUAUUACAUAACGGGUGUGGUUAGAACAAAAUCCUUAAAUCGAAUGCUUUGAUACGAGCGCCACCUACUGUACAAACUAUUGCUGUCAGGUGUGGCCAUUCAUUGUGCACUAAAGGAAAACGAUGACAUCUAAAAUAUUUAUUUGAUUGUAUCAUUGAUAAAAUGUUAUUUUAAUCUGUGAUUAAAAGCGUAUUUAAAUCUAAUCUGUUUUCAUUUGUCAAAGGCCAUUAUGACACGUAUUGGGGAGCACUCAAACAUGAAUGUUUGCAAAUGUAAUUGAGUGGUCUGUUUGACUAGUCAAGACAUGGAUUUUGUUAACUGGAUAGACUUUUAUUGCUCAACUAACAGGAGAAGAUCAGAUAAGGCAGUCAUUUUGUUAAUGGGAUGGAUUGUCAAUUUGCAAGUCAUGAGUAAUAAUACUGUUGUAAAUAGAUAAAUUGAGUGAUUUGCAUUUCAGUAAAUGACGAACUGGUACAAAAUUAUCACACUUUUUUUAGUAGGUGUAAUUGGAUAGAUUUGAUCUAAAAACAUUACAGAACUGUGUAGACAUAAGUACAAUAAAAGCCAACUUUAUUCUCUGCUUGUGUAGAUGGGCAAGGGCUCUUUCAAGUAUGCCUGGGUGCUGGACAAGCUGAAGGCUGAGCGUGAGCGUGGUAUCACCAUCGACAUUUCCCUGUGGAAGUUCGAGACCGCCAAGUAUUACGUCACCAUCAUUGAUGCCCCCGGACACCGAGACUUUAUCAAGAACAUGAUCACUGGUACCUCUCAGGUAAAGACAAGCUUUAAUGUCCAAUCUGUUUCCUAACUGAAAUGAUCUAUCAGUAGUGGCAUUUUACCACAAGGUUUGGAGUGUCAAUAUCUAUGACCUCAUCUCCUCAGGCUGAUUGUGCUGUGCUGAUUGUUGCUGGUGGUGUGGGUGAGUUUGAGGCUGGUAUCUCCAAGAACGGCCAGACCCGUGAGCACGCUCUCCUCGCCUACACUCUGGGAGUCAAGCAGCUCAUUGUUGGAGUCAACAAGAUGGACUCUACAGAGCCCCCGUACAGCCAGAAGCGGUUUGAGGAGAUCCAGAAGGAGGUCAGCACCUACAUCAAGAAGAUCGGCUACAACCCCGCCACAGUUGCCUUUGUGCCCAUCUCUGGAUGGCAUGGGGACAACAUGCUGGAGGCUAGCCCCAACGUGAGUAUCCCAUCUACACAAAGUAAACUAUACCACAGCAGUGUAGGUCUAGGUGGUUAUAUGCGUAAAUGAUUAGGUCUGGAACUUUAUAGAAGGGUAAGCAAGUCUGUAAUUUUUAUCAUGUUUCUUCUGUUGCCCGUUGCAGAUGGGCUGGUUCAAGGGAUGGAAGGUUGAGCGUAAGGAGGGUGGCGCUAGCGGUGUGACCCUUCUGGAGGCUCUGGACUCUAUCCUGGCCCCCUCCCGCCCCACAGACAAGCCCCUCCGUCUGCCCCUGCAGGACGUCUACAAAAUUGGCGGUAAGAACCAGUCAUAGAUCAAUAUGUUUCAAUAUACUGGUUAUUUUCUUUAGAUGUGAAUGGGUAAGGGUCUUGUGGUUAAAUACUUGUUUCCCCCUCAGGUAUUGGAACAGUACCAGUGGGCCGUGUGGAGACUGGCACCCUGAAGGCCGGUAUGAUCGUUACCUUCGCCCCCGCUAAUGUCACCACUGAGGUGAAGUCUGUGGAGAUGCACCACGAGACCCUGGAAGCGGCUCUCCCCGGUGACAAUGUCGGCUUCAACGUCAAGAACGUGUCUGUCAAGGAUAUCCGUCGUGGCAACGUGGCUGGAGACAGCAAGAAUGACCCCCCAAUGGAGGCCGGCAACUUCACAGCUCAGGUGAGAGAUGGGACUGAUUUUGAAUGUAGGUUUUGUAAAGAUAAUAGAAAAUAUUAAUAUUCUAAGUUUACUUUACUACAUGUCUCGUUUCUGGCCAUAAAUUAGGAAUAAUAAAUAAAAAAGUGCACUCUUAAAAAUCAUAAUCAAGCAAUGAGAAAAAUGUGAGUUAUUCCUUUUUAUUUAUUUUUUACAGAACCACCCUAGUUUUCUGAAUUCAGUUUUGCCACGUCCCAACCUCCUGUCACUGUAGUUCUAGAGUCCAGCCCAUCCUUACCCAACCUUUACCCCAAUCUCCAGGUCAUCAUCCUGAACCACCCCGGCACCAUCUCCCAGGGCUAUGCCCCCGUGCUGGAUUGCCACACCGCUCACAUCGCCUGCAAGUUCAGCGAGCUCAAGGAGAAGAUCGACCGCCGUUCCGGCAAGAAGCUUGAGGACAACCCCAAAGCCCUGAAAUCUGGAGACGCCGCCAUCAUUGUCAUGGUGCCAGGAAAGCCCAUGUGUGUGGAGAGCUUUGCCGCCUACCCUCCCCUC